AUGCUGGUCACAUCCAAAUAUCGCUUGGCCACAUUGGCUACCAAGAGUAACGUCUAUUCGGUCGUGGGUUCUGCUCAUAACCGGAUUCGAGUUCAUGCGUUUUCUACCUCUUUCUGGAGACGUACGAUUACAGCCACUCCGCACUCCGAUCCCACUAAAUCUGAGGCUCCACCACCAGCUACAAAGCAGGGAGAACAAUUGGAACGAUUCCAAUCGCUGGCAGAAGCUAACACUACUAAUGUAAAUCGUGAUAAUGACCUGGCCAAGCCCGAUCGUCACGACCUGUCCCCAGCGGCUUGGGCACAUCCUGGGUUCAACUUCAUUGAUAUGAACAAUGUCGCAGUGGCACACCAUGAACCUAAGAACUUUGCUGAUAAGAUUGCUCGUAAUGCGCUGUUGACUGUCAGAUGGUGCUUUGACAAGGCAACCGGGUAUAAACAUCCGCCUCCUGGCCACGAAGAUGAUCCUAAGUAUAUUGUGACUGAUAAACAGUGGUUGCAGAGAAUCGUGUUUCUUGAAAGUAUUGCUGGAGUCCCUGGAAUGGUCGGCGGCAUGGUUCGACACUUGCAGUCUCUGCGACUGCUUCGUCGAGAUCGUGCUUGGAUCGAGACCUUGCUCGAAGAGGCUUAUAAUGAGAGAAUGCACUUGCUCACAUUUAUGCAAUUGACUAAUCCUGGUAUUUUCAUGAGAGGUAUGCUUUUGAUAGCUCAAGGCGUCUUCUUCAACUCGUUUUUCAUUGCAUAUCUAGUCAAUCCCCGAAUCUGUCAUCGUUUCGUCGGUUAUCUCGAGGAAGAGGCUGUUGUCACCUACACACGAUGCAUCAACGACAUCGAGAAAGGCUUGAUCCCAUCAUGGGACAACGCUCCUGUUCCGGAUAUCGCCAAAAAGUACUGGAAGAUGGCUGACAAUGCCACUAUUAAAGACCUGCUCUACUACGUCCGUGCCGAUGAAUGCAAGCACCGCGAAGUAAACCACACGCUUGGCAACCUCAAACAGAACGUCGAUCGUAACCCCUAUGCCUUCGUUGUAGACUGCGGCCGUGAGCAACCUGCCAAAGAUCUAAAAUCUAACAUCAGCCACCCCGUGGGCUGGGACCGCGACGAAAUCGCCGCCUAA